UUCUAUCCUUUACUUCCGGGUUGCGCAUGCGUUUACAACAGAAUGUGUAGGAUCUCAGCAAAUUAACACAAUAUUCAAGGGUUUGGAAACAAUUACAGUGGUAAUAUGGGCAAAUUAAAUGUUGUAGUUUUGAGAUAUCUGUCCAGAGAUGACUUCCGUGUCCUCACAGCGGUUGAGAUGGGGAUGAAGAACCAUGAGGUAGUUCCAGUCAGCCUCAUAUCCUCCAUCGCCAGCCUGCGUCACGGGGGCUGCAACAAGAUCCUUAGAGAGCUCGUCAAGCACAAAAUAGUGGCCUACGAGCGUACUAAGAUGGUACAUGGCUACCGUCUGAACUACGGGGGCUAUGACUACCUUGCUUUGAAGACGUUCUGCUCUAGAGAAAUACUCCUUUCUGUCGGGAACCAGAUGGGUGUUGGGAAAGAGUCAGAUAUCUACAUCGUGGCCAGUCCAGAGGGGGAGCAGUACGCUCUGAAGCUCCACAGGCUGGGGAGGACCUCCUUCAGGAACCUGAAGAUCAAGAGAGACUACCACAAACACAGGAAGAACAUGUCCUGGCUCUACCUCUCACGCCUCUCGGCCAUGAAGGAGUACGCUUACAUGAAGGCCCUGUACGAACGAGGGUUUCCUGUCCCUAAGCCCAUUGACUAUAACAGACACGCUGUUGUUAUGGAGCUCAUCAAUGGAUACCCACUCUGUCAGGUGCGUGAGCUGGAAGACCCGUCUUCCAUGUACAAUGAUAUCAUGGAGCUGAUAGUGAAGCUAGCCAAUCAUGGCCUGAUCCACGGCGACUUCAAUGAGUUUAACCUGAUGCUGGACGACCACGAUCACGUGACCAUGAUCGACUUCCCCCAGAUGGUGUCUACCACACACUUCAACGCAGAGUGGUAUUUUGACCGGGAUGUCAAAUGUAUACGAGAUUUCUUUGCCAAAAGAUACAAUUAUGAGAGUGAGCUGUACCCAACCUUCAAAGACAUCAGACGUUCCUGUUCUCUGGACGUGGAGAUCUCAGCCAGCGGCUUCACCAAAGACUUUGAGAGAGAUGCAGCCCUGCUCGAUCCUGAAGGACCAGAUGGAGAGGAUGACGACGAGGGAGAGGAGGAGGAGGAGGAGGAGGAGGAGGAGGAAAUGGAGAAGACUAUGGACAUGGAGGAGUAUAGGCAUGCUAUAUUGGAACUGGAGGGGCUCAAAGUCAGCGACACACAGACAGAGACACACACUGAGACAGGAGACGAGGAGGGAGGAGAACCGAGAGAGACUGAUCCAGAGGCUGUUGUGAUGGGUGGUCUUCAUGAAGCGAGAGAAAAGGAGGAAGAGGAUGUGUGUCCUGAGCUGGUCGACCUCUCCUCCUCCAACAGAGAGUUCAAACCUUUCAGAGACUCAGACAGCCUUCUCCAUGUGGUUGAACACAGCAGGAGGAGGACGGACAGUGAGGCUACCGCCGGCAGUGUAGGGAGCUGCUCUACUAUACCACCGGAGGUGGUUCGUGCGAAGGUGAGGAGACAGCUGAGUAAGCAGCAGAAAGCAGCUCAGAGGAGACGACUGAUGAAGGGAGAAUCUAACCUGGUCACAGCGGAGAGGAGAGAGAAUCAGAGUAACAUCAAAUCUAGUCUGGAGACUGAUGGCUUCUGGGGCUGAGAGGGACGUGCGUGUGUGAUUGAGUGUGAGUCAAGUGUGUGUGUGUGUGAGAACCUGGUCACAAGGACAACAGAACAUGAUGAGAACAUGAACCACAUUGGAGAGGAAAGGGACACAUUGGAAGAAGGCCUCUCUCCCAGCGACGAGCCCCCAGUGUUGAACUGUCCUGCUUUGUAUCUACUGCAGUGUGAAUACUUUCAAUAAAGACAACUUUAAUAUUA